AUGACAAAUAGUUUGAUUGGAGUACUGCUGAGGUUUCGUCAAGACAAAGUGGCGCUCACGGCCGACAUUGAAAAAAUGUUCUACCAGGUUAGGGUUCCGCCGGAGCACUCAGAUUUUAUGCGCUUCUUCUGGUAUGGGGCAGCCGGGGAGCUCUCGGAGUUCCGCCUGAAGGUCCACGUCUUCGGGGCUAGGAGCUCGCCGAGCGUGGCGAACUUUGCCCUGCGCCUUACUGCUCGCGACGGAAAAUCCCGAUCGGAAAAGUCUAAAACCAUAGUCGACCGCAAUUUUUACGUCGACGACUUGCUGGUGUCGUAUCCUGAUGAGAGUGAAGCAGUGGCUUCUCUCCUUGAUCUGCGCUCGCUUUUGGCGCAGGGGAGCUUCAAUUUGACUAGUUUCGCGGGAACUUCAAAGGUAGUUUUGAGUGCUCUACCGGAAGAUUCCCUCUCAAAUGCUCUUAAUGCAGAUAGCCUAGCAUCGCAAGCUUUGCCGGAAUCGAUGGCAUUGUGUGUUACGUGGAACACAGACAAUGACAGCCUCGGCUACCGUGUAGUUGCUGUGAAAUUUCCAGCAACACGGCGAGGCGUUUUGCGAACAAUCGCCUCCAUCUACGAUCCCCUCGAACUGGCUGGCCCUGUAGUCGUACCUGCAAAAGCAAUUUUUCAGGAAACUUGCAGACUGAAACUGAACUGGGACGACGAACUUCCUCCCGCUCUACUGAGCGCUUGGAACGCUUGGCAGACUGACAUUCGUGCUCUGAGCGAUUGGUUGGUGCCACGGUGCCUCCACCUCUCGUCAGAUGGUCGUCGGGCGCAACUUCAUGUUUUUUGCGACGGCAGCGAAACUGCGUACGGUGCAGUGGCUUAUGCUCGAGUUGAGACCAGUUCCAGCAUAAUCGUAAGUUCGCCAAUCAUGGCUAAAUCCAGACUCACUCCAUUGAACAACUCGGCCCUCAAACAAUUCCUAGAAUUGAGCUUUGUGCCGCUAAACUUAGUGUAA